GAGCUGGAGGACAUGCUGGAGAGCGGGAAGUUGGCCAUCUUCACGGAUGACAUCAAAAUGGACUCGCAGAUGACCAAACAGGCCCUGAAUGAGAUUGAGACGCGACACAAUGAGAUCAUCAAGCUGGAAACGAGCAUCCGGGAGCUGCACGACAUGUUUGUGGACAUGGCGAUGCUGGUGGAGAGCCAGGGCGAGAUGAUCGAUCGCAUCGAGUACAACGUGGAACACUCGGUCGACUACGUGGAACGGGCCGUGUCGGACACCAAAAAAGCCGUAAAGUACCAGAGCAAAGCCCGGAGG